AUGCUGGCCUUCCUGCUUGGUCCCAGCGCCACCUUCAGGUACGUGUCCGGUGGUCCCCUCAACCAGCGGAGAUCUCUGCGACGGCGUUCGCUCCAACUUCUCUGUUGGUUCGCCUCAUGGAAGGUCUGGCUCGAGAAGCGUCUCGCGGCCUAUUCUGCGUACUUCUGGUACUGGGAGCUCCACAGCCUCGAGCCUCCUGCAGCUCGGAGUGCUCGAAGGAAGCAUCUCAUGCAGCAGGCCAUGGCAGAGCAGGCAGAGGAAGAGAAGCGAGCUCGGGAAGCGGAAGCUGAACGAAAGGAGAGCACCGAAGCUGCAAGCUCUGCAAAGCAACCUGAGAAGGAGCAGAGACAGGCGACGCCCGAGCCCCCGAAGCCGGAGGAGACACCGGAGGACGCGAAAGAGCCCGAGGUGUCCAAGGGCUCAUCGGAGCCGAGAGAGGAGGCCGAGUUGACUCCUCUGCAGCAGGAGCACCUGAAGAACUUGGCCAAGCUUCUCGAGGAGAUGAAUGCGUUGCAGGGCAUAACUCCAGGUACAGAGUCUGAGGGAUGA